AUGGCAAACCGUUCUGAUACACGUCAAGAUGAGCCUGAUUUGAAUCGCCGAUCAAAGAGGAAUACGCCAUUUCUAGGUCCUCAAUUCAGGCGCAAAGGUGCCAAAGAACCUUUCAGUCGAAAGAAAGCUGGGAACAGUCCAGCUCCUAGUGACGGAGAAAACAAGAAGCGCACUGGUCCACAGCGCAGAAGGAUUCAAGUUGCAUGUAAACGGUGCCGUAGACGGAAAAUCAAGUGCAGUGGUGAUCCAGGCGAUGGUCAAGGGUGCUCGAACUGCAAAAAUUCGGGUACUCCAGACUGUCAAUUUCUCAGGGUCAAUUCAUCCGAACUUCAGCCUAGAUCAAGUUAUCCUAGCUGGCUAUAUUCGGCAUCGAGUACACCUUCCCUCCUGGGCUCGACUUACGGUAAUAGUCAGCAGCCAGCUUCCAAAGGUGCUACAUUAUCGACGCUCCAAGCAACAAGUUCAUCUCUGCGUCAACCAAACUAUGGACUAGGGACGCACGCCGAGCGUCGUUCAUCCACGAGGAACAGCUUUGCCGGCAGUGUCCGGGGAGACUAUGAAAGUGACUCCAUGGCCGCACAAUCGAUGCAAUCGCCCGCGUAUCUGCUGCCGCAUUCCAACUCGAGUGCAAUGCAAAGAUACUGCGAGUACCCGGAUAUCACUCGAUUGAGCUAUUCUAGUCCAACUUUCACGAGAGCUCAGGUCGGAACACUCUAUCCAGAUCACGAUCUCUUGAGUCCGCUAGCGCAGACAGAAUAUUCAUACCCUGAGCCUUCCCAUGCUUCGCUAUCUGCUGAUAUUCCUCCUCUCUUUCCUGCACUUGAAUCUUUGUCCAGUGGUCAAGGAUACGAUCGAACCUUGCCCGAUCCUACUAGCAGAAGUCAGCUGUCGACCAAUUCUAUGGCGACUGCUUCAUCAUCGGAAAUACCUCCGUCAUCGUCAUCACACUUCCCAUCAGAGAUAAAUGGAAAGUCUAGGAACCGGUGGCUAUCUCAGAACGAGGCGUCACCGAGAAGCCAGGCUUCGACACGGACUAUCUCGAGUGUCACUGGUAUCGUGAACCCUAUGGACCACAUGAAGGCAGCUUCAACUGCUCAUGACGUGAUUUUCAAGUACAUGACGAUGGGGAGCAGCGUUCCUCCACCUCCAGUCGCGUCCGAUACGUUCAGUGAGGAUAGAGCAAACACCGCCGAUGACUAUCGCACACAUGCAGAUACCGAGCUUACCAGAAGUCUGUCCAGAGAUGAUGAUUCUCUGCUUUCUGUCGAGAGCUGUAGCCCACAGAUGUAUGGCUACAGCACCAAUGAGAACUCUGGACGUCGCUCUCGAAUGGAAGCAUCCCCUUCUUCAGCUACCUUGGUGAAUGGACUGCAAUAUACUCGUGUUAGGCGGCCUGACAAUCCCAGUCUUUUGCCCUAUGGUUUGGUUCAUUCUGAGACUGCAUUGGACUUCCGCGCCCCCUCAGAUAUCCACAAGACAUCCAUACCUUCAGUCAGUAAUACCACCGGUUGCUAG